UGGAGUCGCAUCUGUCAAAAUUCAUGCGCUUUCUCAAAAUAACGUAACACGAGUGGAAAACUGAAGAACAAUUUGCCGAUUUUUAACCGGAAUAAAACGGAAUCUUUACAGAACUUGCAGCAAUGCUGAAGCUACGUGCCGUGCUCGGUCUUACCCGUGCCAGUUUGCGUCACAUUUCUUCCACCGGGGGCGUCCGGAACGCGGAAGCCGCCGUUGCCUCAUCGGCGGACAAACUGACGAUUCCCGUUCCGGAGGGUGUCGAUAAGCCGGCCAACCCAAAGCUGGUCUCGAUUGUGGACAACAUUGCCGCCCUGAACCUGCUCGAAGUUUCCGAACUGAGUGGGCUGCUCAAGAAGCGAUUGAACCUGCCCGAUGCUGCCCUGAUGCCGGCCGGAUUUGCCGCCGCUCCGAUGGCGGCCGCACCCGUCGACGAAGAGGAAGCCGCCCCGAAGGUGGUCAAGACGAGCUUUAAGGUGAAACUGGUUAAGUUCGACGAGAAGCAGAAGGUGGCGCUAAUCAAGGAGGUCAAGAACCUGCUCGAGGGCAUGAACCUGGUCCAGGCGAAAAAGUUCGUCGAAAGUGCGCCCACGAUUGUGAAAGAGGACAUUCCCAAGGAAGAGGCCGAGAAGCUUAAGGAAGCGUUCACCAAAGUUGGAGCAGUCAUCGAGAUAGAGUAACGGGAGGGGCUGAAUUUCCAAAGGAAAGGUUUUGUUUGAUUUAAGGAUUGUGUAGUGAAUAAACAACUAAAAACUAA